AUGAUGUCUUCGAUGACCAUAACCAUGAGAAGCGGUUCCAACGCGUCCACAAGCAAUCACUUCUCAUCCAACAGUAGUUCAGUGAAUGAUAUGAUGUCUUCAUUCAAUUUAAGUGAUUUGACGGCCGAAGAGCAGCAGCUCUUGUCUGAGAUCAGGCGCCGAAAGACGGAACUGAUGGCUGAGAUUCAGCAGUUGAAGGACGAGAUCUCGUGCGUCACUCAAGAGAUGUCUAAACUGGAAGUGACGGACGAGACAAAAGUGAACACAAAAGAGAAACAGAGAUCUAUUGGCAAAAAGAGGUUUAAUAUGGACCCGAAGAAGGGCGUCGAGUAUCUCAUAAGCAAUGGUUUGGUGAACAAUACUCCCGAAGCCGUGUCUCAGUUCCUGUUCAAAGGCGAGGGACUCAAUAAGACAGCGAUUGGCGUCUAUUUGGGCGAAAAGAUAGACUUCAAUCUGAAAGUGUUGGACGCGUUCGUCGAGUUGCAUGAUUUCACGAAUCUGAUCCUCGUUCAGGCCUUAAGACAGUUCUUGUGGUCAUUCCGAUUGCCAGGAGAGGCCCAGAAGAUCGACCGAAUGAUGGAGAAGUUCGCCGCGCGUUACUGUCAACAGAAUCCCGGCGUCUUCAGCAACACCGACACCUGUUAUGUGCUGUCGUUCUCCAUAAUUAUGUUGAAUACAGCGCUUCACAACCCGUCCGUCAAAGACAGGCCGACUGUCGACAAGUUUGUGUCGAUGAAUAGGGGUAUCAAUAAUGGCGGCGAUCUGUCGAAAGAGUUGCUUCAGUCGCUGUACGACAGCAUAAAACAGGAACCCUUCAAAAUACCCGAAGACGACGGCAACGACUUGAUGCACACCUUCUUCAACCCCGACAGAGAGGGGUGGCUAUGGAAGCAGGGCGGGCGCUACAAGAGUUGGAAGCGCCGGUGGUUUAUACUGAACGACAAGUGCCUGUAUUACUUCGAGUACACGACCGAUAAGGAGCCCCGGGGUAUCAUUCCCUUAGAGAACGUACAGAUCAGGGAGUUUAGUGAACGCACGUCCAAACCCUACUGCUUUGAACUGUUUUCAGCGUCGGGUCCAUCGGAGGUGAUUAAGGCCUGUAAGACGGAUGCGGACGGAAAGGUGAUCGAAGGCCGACAUACUGUGUACCGGAUGUCUGCGGCCACGGCUGAAGAGAAGGACGAAUGGGUGAAAGGCAUCAAAACGAGUAUAAGUCAUAACCCAUUCUACGACAUGUUGGCCGCCCGUAAGCGUAAGGCUCAGCACCACUGA